ACUGUUUUGAUGGAAACAAUCAGAUAGCGACAGCGUUUGAUAGGAACCAUUUUCUCGUUGUGAGGAGUAAGGAAUGGACCGGAGAAAGCUCGCUCCCCGGGCGGUGGAGGUGUUGAAUCAUCCCCGUAACCAAGUGGCGGAGAGACGCCUGCAGGUUGAUCUACGAAAACUUGAUCUGCACGCAGCCAGGGCGGCACACAAGAUUAAGAAUGAGAUCAGCCUGUUGAGGGCGACCGUCCCGAGCUCGAACGGAAGCGGCAUGAGGAAACGGUCCAUCCACGAGUUUCCGCAUCUCCAGGGCGCCAUGUUCGGGCACGAUGGAGAGGUGAAGAGGCCAGUGUCCCGUCAGCUGAAGAACACGAUCUACCGCGGCUCCGUGGAGCUAGUACGCCCGCCCUCUAUCUACGACUCCGCGGACAAAGACGUCGUCCCCGUCAUACAGGUGGAGGAAGAGAAAGAAGAAGAAAAAGAAAACGAGGAUAAGGAGAACGACUCGGACGAUGACACCAUGUCAGAAGACCUGCCGAUGGUGCCGUUCCAAACACAGAUCACCCUCCCCAAGUUCCACUUAUUGAUCCAGGCUCUGGUGAACAAGUCUCGCGCUACAGGCUCCGGGUUGCACCGGGCGCUGGCUCCAGAAAAGAACGCCCGUUUCAAGGCUAUAGCACGAGCCGCGCUGAACAAGUCACGGCUGGAGAAAAAGGAGGCACAAGCAGAUAAAGAGAACGUGGAUGAUGGUAUUGCAGAUUGCUCAAGCUCCACGACAGCCAAUGGCGAGAAGUCGGGAACGAAGAGCGACAAUCUCAAAUAUAAUCUGGAAUAUCAGAGGCAGAGCAGUGCAUCUCGAGCUCGCAAGGUGGCGUCAGGAAAGCAAGUCAGCACCAAGGCCAUGCCGACAGCACGAUCCGUGGUCAACUGUGCCAAGGAGGAAAGGCGGACAGCACCUAGCAUGUCUGCUCGUUCUAAGUCGGCUCCGAAUCUAAAACUAUCGCCAGAAAACCUAGAGGCUAACUCUAAGGUGUAUCGUGAGCGUGUUCUGACGACCAACGAGUUUCUGAAAAGUCUUGCACCCAACACCCAACCUUUUCGGACCCAAUCGGCGUUCGCCAGUCGUCGCCAUCCGUCGGGAAGUUUCGACUCCACGUCGGCAACAAUCGGCACUCGCGCAACAAAAAGUGCCGGAGUCUUCCGAAGUUUAGGAACUUAUAUGUACGGUGAAAACUUCUACCCCGCAUCGUCAAUUUCAAGGACUGGCCAUCCGAGUGAGAGGUUCCCUGUCUACAACGCGUGGCAAAUCAAGAAAUGCCAGCCUGAGAAGCCUAAAGUCCCCAUUUGGAAGCGCAAGUCAGUACGAGACAACUGUUCAGCUUGUCGAAACAAAGUGCGUCAGGAAAGAUCCGUGGAAUUGGCCAAGGCUUUCCGUAGUACCUUCGAGGUACCUGUAGAAGGUAGCCGUGGUCCCAGUGCGAUACCACCGGGAGAAAGUCGAGCCAACAGCGCGGUACCACUCGGAAGAAACCGGGCUGCCAGCGCUAUGUCUCCGGUAGGAUACCGCAGCGCCAGCGUAGUGUCUCCAGCAGGUCUUCGGGGAGUGAACUUGGAGUCACCGGGAGGUUUCCGAAGCGCCAGCGCGCUGGCACCAAGGGGUGAUGGAAGAGUGGAGGCUGGGACCGUGUCUGGGAGGCCUGUCUGUGGUGCUGAGAGCCCGUCCGGGAGGAACAGCAAGACUCCACCACCAACGGGCACCAAGACAGAUGAACCACACCCGCCUCCUGACAAGACAAGCACGAAGGUAGUAAAGAACGACCUUCUCAACCCCGACAAGCUGGAGGAGUUCCGGAAACAGCUGGAGAAAAACCGGCAGAUGCGCACAGCUAACACCAUGACGGCCAACAUCGCUUUCAUCGGGAUGAAGUCGUGAUGUGGCAAAAUAUUGCAAUUCAUAUCACGCAAUUGUACGUUUGUAUUUCACCUUUUACGUAAAAACAUACCUGCCCUAUAAAAUCUAUAAGGGCUUAGACGAUCCUUAACGUUUCGUUGAUUUUUUUUCCUUUCUAAGUCAGAUGGACAUGAUAUAAAGGUAAAUAGAUUCUUUUACAAAAACUGCUUUACAUAGGCAAUGCAAUUAUAAGUCCUGUAGACCAUGUUAUAUACAUUUGGUUUGGUGCUUGUAUAUCAUUCGGAAUCAAUUCUACUGAACAUGUAAAUGCUCUUGUCAUCCAGCUAAACCUUGUGCAUGCUUAUUUGAGAUGCAGUAACUUGCUUACUAACACUGACCACUCAUUGAAAAGACCACUCAGACGAAAUUUUUACAUUCCACAGAUGGACGUUUUAGUAUCAAGCUCUCGUUUUUUGUGUGCAAAUGACGUCACAACACACCAUAGCUAUACCAUUGUAAGUUACAGUGCACCGCGCAUAUGAUAUUUCAAUAGAGUGACAUUGUGCAAUACUUUCCAACCAAAUUAUUACAAAUGUGGCAAACCAACAGACGACAAUCUGAU